AUGAAGGCCGCCAACGCCCUCGCGCUGCUGCUGCCGGCCGUGGCCGCACGCUUCGUCGACAGCCACAACGGCGAGAACGUCCAGCUGCACCCCGAGGUGGCGGCUGCCGAGCAGUUUCUGAUUGAGCUGGGCCCGGGCGAGACCCGCUGGGUGUCGGAGGAGGAGAAGUGGGAGCUGAAGCGCAACGGGCUGCGGUUCAUGGACAUUACGGCGACGGAGCAGCUGGGCGCCAUCAACGCCGUCAAGGUCAACGCAGCGGGCAAGACGCGCGUCUUCCCGGCCAACGCCACACUGCAGUCCGAGGUGGCCCCGCUCGCCAAGCACCUGGACAAGGCGUCGCUGCAGGCGCACCUCGAGAAGCUGACGUCGUUCCACACGCGCUACUACAAGUCGGACUACGGGCGGCAGUCGUCCGAGUGGCUGCUGGGGCAGGUCAAGAAGAUUGUGGGCGCGGCCGGCGGGUUCCAGAGUCAGAGCGGCAUCACGGUGGAGCAUUUUCCGCACCCGUGGGGCCAGAACUCGAUCAUCGCGCGCAUCCCGGGCCAGACGAACCGCACGAUUGUCGUGGGCGCGCACCAGGACUCGAUCAACCUGUUCCUGCCGUCCAUCCUGGCGGCGCCUGGCUCGGACGACGACGGCAGCGGCACCGUCACGAUCCUCGAGGCGCUGACGGCGCUCCUGCAGUCGGAGGACAUCAAGGCCGGCAAGGCGCCCAACACGGUCGAGUUCCACUGGUACUCGGCCGAGGAGGGCGGCCUGCUGGGCUCGCAGGCCAUCUUCAGCGCCUACGAGAAGGCCGGCCACGACGUCCGCGCCAUGCUGCAGCAGGACAUGACGGGCUACGUGCAGGGCACGCUCGACGCCGGCCAGGUCGAGAGCGUCGGGGUCAUUGUCGACUACGUCGACCCGGCCCUCACCGAGUUUAUCAAGAAGGUCAUUGUGGCCUACUGCGACAUCCCCUACGUCGAGACCAAGUGCGGCUACGCGUGCUCGGACCAUGCCUCGGCCAGCAAGGCGGGCUACCCGUCGGCGUUUGUGAUUGAGUCGUCGUUUGAGCUCAGCGACAAGCACAUCCACUCGACGGACGACCUGAUCAAGUACCUGUCGUUUGACCACAUGCUGCAGCACGCGCGCAUGACGCUGGGUUUCGCGUAUGAGCUGGCGUUUGCCGACUUUGACAAGCUGGAGAAGAGUGCCGGCGUGGACGGUGCCAAGACGCCCGCCAUGGGCGAGCUGUAG